UCAGAUGUCCCACAACAGAUUGCACAGUAAACACGCGUGGGUAUGCAGAGUGCAAAUUUUAAUUAGGUAGACUAUUUGAACAGUAUAUAAACCUUUGGAUUAUGCGAUAAAAUAACCUGCAGAGAAGAAUUAUCUAUCACCGGAUAGAAUGCCAGAGCGAAUUCAGAGUGAUACCAGAGAAAGACGGGAGUUUCUCAUACACUUUUAGCGGAGGACUGCGGCUGGAAAGAGGACCUGAGAAAAUACUACAAACAUAUAUUAAACAUUGAAUGCUAGAGAGAUCCUGUGUAGCGCCCCCUUGUGUGGAGGAGGAAUGACGACGCCCCCUCGAUGAGAGCAAUGGAGCUGAAAGUGUGGGUGGACGGAGUGCAGCGGAUCGUGUGUGGCGUCACAGAGCUCACCACAUGCCAGGAGGUGGUCAUCGCCCUGGCCCAGGCCAUUGGGCGUACUGGCAGGUACACGUUGAUCGAGAGAUGGCGGGAGACAGAGCGCCACUUGGCCCCGCAUGAGAACCCUGUGGUGUCCCUCAACAAGUGGGGCCAGUAUGCCAGCGACGUGCAGCUGGUCCUCCAGCGCACCGGCCCCUCCCUCAGCGAACGUCCCAACUCCGACGGCUCACCCCGCGUCCCCGAGCGCGGCCUCUACCGCCAGAGCCUGCCUCCUCUGGCCAAGCUACACCCGGCAGCCAACGACCGCUCGCUCAAGCGCCGGGAGCCCAAGCGUAAGUCCCUCACCUUCACAGCUGGGGCCAAGGGCCUGAGGGAUAUUUUUGGGAAGGGCAGAGAUGCCGAGGCCAAGCAGCAGCAGAGAGUACUGAACCAGGGCAGGGGCGUGGUGUCUGUGCCCCCCAGUCCAGCCCGGGAGCUGGCGCGCCUGGUCCAGCUGCAGAAGGACAAGCUCCAGCUGCUGGAGAGCCGGCUGCAGGGCUGCGAGGCGGAGCUACACGGCUGGGAGAGAGGCGGUGGUGAUGGCGGUGUGUGCGUCGAGGGUGUCAGCGUGCUGGAGGAGGAGCUGGUGCAUCUGGAGCAGCAGCUGCGGAGGAACGAGGUAGAGAUGUCGGAGGAGGAGUUCUGGCAGAACGAGCUGCAGAUCGAGCAGGAGAGCGAGCGGCAGCUGAGGGAGCAGCUCCAGGAGCUGAUGGGACGGGUGCGGGAGUGCGAGGCCCGGCUGGGGGAAUACCUGACCCGUAUCCAGGGCAUGGAGGCAGGCCUGGAGCAGGAGACUGAGCAGAGCAGGCAGGUGGACGAGGAGGAGGCCCGGGCCCAGCUGGGGAAGGUCAGGGCGGAGCUGGAGCAACAGGUUCAACACAGAGUGCAGCUGGAGAGCAGCUGCAGGGCUGUGGACCGCUCACUGGGACAGUCCAGCAAGAAACUACAGGAGAAGGAGCAGGAGUUGGAGAUAUUGACCAGGGAGCUGAGACAGGUGAACCUUCAGCAGUUCAUCCAUCAGACUGGCACCAAGGUCACUGUUCUACCAGCCCAGCCCAAUGACCAGGAGAAUAACACAGGCUCGCUGAAACGGCUGGGCUCCUCCCGCCUCCUCCCCAGUGACCUCCGGGCUCUGCAGAGUCCAGUGUCUUCAGGCCUCAACCCUGAGGGCAUCUACGUCUGACCCCUGACCUUUACCUUCUGCUGGCUACCAUCAGUGACCCUCUGCUGGAAUUGAGUCGGCUUCUCCCCUGGAGGAUCCAUCUCUUAUCAUCUCCAGAGGAGGCUGGUGGGAGGAGCUAUAGGAGGACGGGCUCAAUGUAAUGGCUGGAAUGGAAUCAAUGGAAUGGUACCAAACACAUGGAAACAACCAUUACAAUAAGCACUUCCUCCUGCAGCUCAUCCCACUAGCCUCCUCUGAUCUCCACCCUGUACUCCCACAAUGCCAUACUUCCCCUUCCUCCUCUAUGAGUUCCCUCUCUCUCCCAUGAGAACACACAGAGACCCCCAACAGUUUCGUCAAGACUAUAGGAUUUAGAACGUUUGCCUCGUUUGGGCUGUUCUACCACUGGCUGACAGCUAGAGAGCUCAACCACGUCCUUGCUAUGCUUUUCAAACAGUCAUGCAUCUUUGAGGUACAGAAGACCCAAUUUCAAACAAAGUUUUAGCCUCACCUCUGUGCCCUUCUCUAUUUCCUCUCGAAGAUCUACAAGGAGUGAGUAGAUGUGAGAAAUAUGGUAUUAACACCACCUAGCACCCUGUUACCAUCAUAUAGCAAGCUAAUGGAAUAGUAAAGUGCACAAUCACAGUCAUGUGAUGACAUUUAACUAAAGAGUUAACUGCUGCCCCUGGCCCUGGACAACCAUGGGGAAAUCCAGAUGUUUGUAGGGGUUGAGACUGAAGAAGGUCCUUUUGAGAUCAGGCCAUAGAGAGGAGAUUCAUAUAUCUUCAGACAACCAUGACAAAGAUAGAGGUCUCAAAAGUCAGAAUUGGGUCAGAAAACCAUAUUUUACACAGAUAGGCCACCUUGUGUGAGACCUGUGGUGUGUAUUAUAGACAUAUCUGACUGCCUUAUAAGUAUUUUUCUGUUUUAAAGACAUUAAGAACAGUAAAGGCUAUUACAACAGAUACUUAUAGACAUGGCAGCUAUGCUCCAGAGAUCCAAUGCACCAUUGUCAAAGCAUGCGUCACUAUUUUCAUUGAUUUAUGGUCAACACAGCAAUCUAGUGACUGAUUGUUGAUCAGUUUUGUUGAAGAUUUUUUGUGACUGAUGUCAAUAGCUGUAGAAUCUGGUCUGCCACUGGGUGGCAGAAUACAUCUCACAAAACAUUUAGCUAGGAUCUUAAUAGUGGUCAUUUCAUAUCGAUUAUACAUGCAAAAAUGUUACAUUAUGCAAUUUAUGUGGUUACUCACUUUCAUCGUUGAAAUCUUUUAGUGUGCUGUAAGUUUUCCGAUUCCAUUUUACUUUGGAAGGGCCUGUAGAAUUUGUACUUACCAUUUUCAGUUUUAAUAGAUCAAGUCUUAUUUGUGUUGUGGUUUUCUUUUUUCAUUUGUAACCUCUUGAAGAAUUGUGGGUUUGUCUAUUGUCUUACAUGGCUAAUCAUUUUUAUGAAGUUAAAAAGAUGUCUCACAUGAACCAAAGCAAGUUAGACAAUGUGAUUGGUAGCAGUCAACCUGAAUGUACUUAAUUUGUUCAAACAGAACGUGCCUGUAAAUACCUUUAUAGGGGCCACUGUAUCUGCCUCCACUUUAAAAGUGAUGCAUUUGUAAUGGAGAGAAUUGUUAUUGGACUGUGAAUGUAUCUGUCAAUAGAUCGAACUCCACUCUGUGUCUGUGUGGCUCCUCAGCCUCAUGGAGAGAGGACUGUGUGAGAUGUGGUUUUUGUUUGGUUGUGGACUAGUAGAUACCAAGGAACCUACCAACAGUAGCCUGUGGACACUAGGGGUGUAACGAUUCGUUUUAACAACGAUUCGAUUUGUAUCACGAUUCGUGGUUGUCGAUACGAUUCAAGG